UGGCGACUCAGUCGAAAACCUUGUCAACACCAAGCUGACUUGCAAACCUUUCUUGAAGCAUCUGUUGAUGAUUCUAUCUACCGCAACGCCAACCUCACUCCAUGCCCAUCAUCUCCGGGAAGAUCUGCCCUUCUUCCACCUUCUUCCUCGAUCAAUGUUUUGCAAGAGAAUCAAUCAGCACCUGAGCAUCAAUGCAGUCAAUUAGGGGAUCCUUCAUUUGAGAGAAGUUACAUAGUCGGGUCACCCGAAUCCAUCUACUUCUACGGGAUAGUCCGACUUUCUCAAGGCAACCAUGAGGAAAUGAUGGCUCUCCUAGCCUCUCUGGAAGGCAGCUAUGACGGACGUGGAUGGUGGGGGACGGUGCGGUACAGUCGGGAGAGGGUUAGAUCGGUCAUCCAACAUUUGGGGUUUCUCGAGGAAGCUCGUGUCCCGCCGACCACGACGAAAGGAAACCAGCCGAUGGAGAGGAGAUUUAGCUACCUUCUUGGUCACAAUUAUCUCAUGGCUCGCCACAAACUCAUCACCGUUGUCCCGAAGGACAUACUCAUUCGCAUCUUGGCGCUGAUAGUUGGCGACUCGGCGAGGGACCUCGUCAACACCAAGUUGACGUGCAACCCCCUCCUUGAAGCAUCUGCGGAUGAUUCCGUCUACCGCAGUGCCAACCUCACUCCAUUCCCCGUCUUCUCUUGGAGUAUCAACCCUUCUGCCACCUCCUUCCUCGAUCGAUGCAUUGCUAGCGGCAACCCAGAAGCAUUCUUCCGCACCGGAAUCAAGGAGUACCUGAGCAGCAAUGCAAUCGACUCGGGGAUGAGAGAGGCUGCAGAUUCGGGUCACCCUGAGUCGAUAUACUUCUACGGGAUAGCCCGACUUUCUCGAGGCGAGCACGGGACAGGGAUGGCUCUCCUGACCUCUCUGGGAGGUAGUUUCGGCGGGGAUAGAUGGAUGGAAACAGUGCGAUACUGCCGGGAGAGGGUCAGAUCGGUCAUCCAACAUUUGUGUGUGAGGACGACUUUGGUUGAGCCGCUGGAGCAGAAUCAAGGGAGGAGGAUUUGCAGCUGCGAUGAUUCGGCGGUGUCGGGGAAUGUCGGUAGAGACGAAGAAUGGGAGUCAAAGGAGGACAUCGAGCUCCAUUUCUACGCCACCAGCGGUGUCUAA